GUGAAUGAUGUAAGGAUUCCGGAACAAACUUAUAUCACCUUGAAACUUGAAGAUAAGCUGAGAUUUGGAUAUGAUACAAAUCUUUUCACUGUAGUACAAGGAGAAAUGAGGGUCCCUGAAGAAGCUCUUAAGCAUGAGAAGUUUACCAUUCAGCUUCAGUUGUCCCAAAAAUCUUCAGAAUCAGAAUUAUCCAAAUCUGCAAGUGCCAAAAGCAUAGAUUCAAAGGUAGCAGACGCUGCUACUGAAGUGCAGCACAAAACUACUGAAGCACUGAAAUCCGAGGAAAAAGCCAUGGAUAUUUCUGCUAUGCCGCGUGGUACUCCAUUACAUGGGCAGCCGUCAUGGUGGGGGGAUGAUGAGGUGGAUGAAAAAAGAGCUUUCAAGACAAAUGGCAAACCUGAAGAAAAAAAUCAUGAAGCUGGAACAUCAGGGUGCAGCAUAGAUGCCAAGCAAGUUGAGGAAUAAUCUGCAGCUGCAAAUGAAGAAGUACUUUUUCCUUUCUGUAGGGAACCAAGUUAUUUUGAAAUCCCUACAAAAGAAUUCCAGCAACCAUCACAAAUAACAGAAAGCACUAUUCAUGAAAUCCCAACAAAAGACACACCAAGUUCCCAUAUAACAGGUGCAGGGCAUGCUUCAUUUACCAUUGAAUUUGAUGACAGCACCCCAGGGAAGGUAACUAUUAGAGACCAUGUGACAAAGUUUACUUCUGAUCAGCGCCACAAGUCCAAGAAGUCUUCUCCUGGAACUCAAGAUUUGCUGGGGAUUCAAACAGGAAUGAUGGCACCCGAAAACAAAGUUGCUGACUGGCUAGCACAAAACAACCCUCCUCAAAUGCUAUGGGGAAGAACAGAAGAGGAUUCUAAAAGCAUUAAAAGUGAUGUUCCAGUGUACUUGAAAAGGUUGAAAGGAAAUAAACAUGAUGAUGGUACGCAAAGUGAUUCAGAGAACGCUGGGGCUCACAGGCGCUGUAGCAAACGUGCAACUCUUGAGGAACACUUAAGACGCCACCAUUCAGAACACAAAAAGCUACAGAAGGUCCAGGCUACUGAAAAGCGUCAAGACCAAGCUGUUACUAGCUCUGCGCAUCACAGAGGGGGGCAUGGUGUUCCACAUGGGAAAUUGUUAAAACAGAAAUCAAAGGAGCCAUUGGUGUCAAUACCCUUCCUACAAACUGCAUUAUUAAGAAGUUCAGGGAGUCUUGGGCACAGACCAAGCCAGGAGAUGGAUAAAAUGUUAAAAAAUCAAGCAACUUCUGCUACUUCUGAAAAGGAUAAUGAUGAUGACCAAAGUGACAAGGGUACUUAUACCAUUGAGUCAGAGAAUCCCAACAGUGAGGAAGUGGAAGCAAGAAAAAUGAUUGACAAGGUGUUUGGAGUAGAUGACAAUCAGGAUUAUAAUAGGCCUGUUAUCAACGAAAAACAUAAAGAUCUAAUAAAAGAUUGGGCUCUCAGUUCUGCUGCAGCAGUAAUGGAAGAAAGAAAACCACUGACUGCAUCUGGAUUUCACCACUCAGAGGAAGGCACAUCUUCAUCUGGAAGCAAACGUUGGGUUUCACAGUGGGCUAGUUUGGCUGCCAAUCAUACAAGGCAUGAUCAAGAAGAAAGGAUAAUGGAAUUUUCUGCACCUCUUCCUUUAGAGAAUGAGACAGAGAUCAGUGAGUCUGGCAUGACAGUGAGAAGUACUAGCUCUGCAACUUCCUUGGCUAGCCAGGGAAAGAGAAGGAGACGAACUCUUCCCCAGCUUCCAAAUGAAGAAAAGUCUCUUGAGAGCCACAGAGCAAAGGUUGUAACACAGAGGUCAGAGAUAGGAGAAAAACAAGACACAGAACUUCAGGAGAAAGAAACACCUACACAGGUAUACCAGAAAGAUAAACAAGAUGCUGACAGAUCCUUGAGUAAAAUGAACAGGGCAGUAAAUGGAGAGACUCUCAAAACUGGUGGAGAUAAUAAAACCCUACUUCACUUAGGCAGCUCUGCUCCUGGAAAGGAGAAAAGUGAAACUGAUAAGGAAACUUCUUUGGUAAAGCAAACAUUAGCAAAACUUCAACAACAAGAACAAAGGGAGGAGGCUCAGUGGACACCUACUAAAUUGUCUUCCAAAAAUGUUUCAGGUCAGACAGAUAAAUGUAGGGAGGAAACUUUUAAACAAGAAUCACAACCUCCAGAAAAAAAUUCAGGACAUUCUACAAGCAAAGGAGACAGAGUGGCACAAAGUGAGAGCAAGAGAAGAAAAGCUGAGGAAAUUCUGAAAAGUCAGACUCCAAAGGGAGGAGACAAGAAGGAAUCCUCCAAGUCAUUAGUGCGACAAGGGAGCUUCACUAUAGAAAAACCCAGCCCAAACAUACCCAUAGAACUUAUUCCCCAUAUAAAUAAACAGACUUCCUCUACUCCUUCUUCUUUAGCAUUAACAUCUGCAAGUAGAAUACGAGAAAGAAGUGAGUCUUUGGAUCCUGAUUCUAGUAUGGACACAACCCUUAUUCUAAAAGACACAGAAGCAGUAAUGGCUUUUCUAGAAGCUAAACUACGUGAAGAUAAUAAAACUGAUGAAGGACCAGAUACUCCCAGUUACAAGAGAGACAAUUCUAUUUCACCGGAAUCUGAUGUAGAUACAGCUAGUACAAUCAGUCUGGUUACUGGAGAAACUGAAAGAAAGUCAACCCAAAAGCAAAAGAGUUUCACUAGCCUCUAUAAAGAUAGGUGUUCCACAGGUUCUCUUUCCAAAGAUGUUACAAAAUCAUCAUCUUCAGGUGCUAGGGAAAAAAUGGAAAAGAAAACAAAAAGUCGUUCCACAGAUGUGGGUUCAAGAGCAGAUGGUCGUAAAUUUGUUCAGUCCAGUGGGGGAAUAAGACAGCCUUCAGUAGACUUAACACAUGAUGACCAAACCUCUAGUGUACCUCAUUCUGCCAUCUCUGAUAUUAUGUCAUCUGAUCAAGAAACUUACUCUUGUAAACCUCAUGGACGGACUCCACUUACCUCAGCUGAUGAGCAUGUACAUUCCAAACUGGAAGGAAGUAAAGUAAUGAAAUCUAAGACUUCUCCGGUGGUAUCUGGUUCAUCUAGUAAAUCAACCACCCUUCCAAGGCCACAACCUACCAGGACUUCCCUCUUGCGCAGAGUAUGACGUGGUGAAGCUUCAGACAGUGAACUUGCCGAUGCUGACAAAGCAUCUGUUGCUUCUGAAGUAUCCACAACAAGUUCUACAUCAAAACCUCCCACAGGAAGGUGUAACAUCUCUCGGAUUGAUUUGUUGGCUCAGCCUCGUAGAACACGACUUGGCUCACUGUCAGCUCGUAGUGACUCUGAAGCAACAAUUUCUAGAAGUAGUGCCUCUUCGAGGACCGCAGAAGCCAUCAUUAGAAGUGGAGCCAGACUAGUACCAUCAGAUAAAUUUUCUCCUAGAAUUAGAGCUAACAGUAUCUCUCGACUCUCAGAUUCCAAGGUCAAAAGUAUGACCUCAGCUCAUGGCUCUGCUUCAGUAAAUUCAAGAUGGAGGCGCUUUCCUACUGGUUAUGCUUCCACCUCAGAAGAUGAAUUUGGAUCAGACCGUAAUUCCCCUAAACAUACCCGUCUAUGUACUUCUCCAGCCCUGAAAACCACUCGCUUGCAGAGCGCUGGAUCAGCAAUGCCUACUAGUUCUUCAUUCAAACACCGGAUUAAAGAGCAGGAAGACUACAUCCGAGAUUGGACUGCUCAUCGAGAAGAGAUAGCCAGGAUCAGCCAAGAUCUUGCUCUCAUUGCUCAGGAGAUCAACGAUGUAGCAGGAGAGAUAGAUUCAGUGACUUCAUCAGGCACUGCCCCUAGUACCACAGUAAGCACUGCUGCCACUACCCCUGGCUCUGCCAUAGACACUAGAGAAGAGUUGGUUGAUCGUGUUUUUGAUGAAAGCCUCAACUUCCGAAAGAUUCCUCCAUUAGUUCAUUCCAAAACACCAGAAGGAAACAACAGUCGAUCUGGUGAUCCAAGACCUCAAGCAGCAGAGCCUCCCGAUCACUUAACAAUUACAAGGCGGAGAACCUGGAGCAGGGAUGAAGUCAUGGGAGAUAAUCUGCUGCUGUCAUCCGUCUUUCAGUUCUCUAAGAAGAUAAGACAAUCUAUAGAUAAGACAGCUGGAAAGAUCAGAAUAUUAUUUAAAGACAAAGAUCGGAAUUGGGAUGACAUAGAAAGCAAAUUAAGAGCCGAAAGUGAAGUCCCUAUUGUGAAAACCUCGAGCACGGAGAUUUCUUCUAUUUUACAGGAACUGAAAAGAGUAGAAAAGCAGCUACAAGCAAUCAAUGCUAUGAUUGAUCCUGAUGGAACUUUGGAGGCUCUGAACAACAUGGGAUUUCCCAGUGCUAUGUUGCCAUCUCCACCAAAACAGAAGUCUAGCCCUGUGAAUAACCACCACAGCCCGGGUCAGACACCAACACUUGGCCAACCAGAAGCUAGGGCUCUUCAUCCUGCUGCUGUUUCAGCCGCAGCUGAAUUUGAGAAUGCUGAAUCUGAGGCUGAUUUCAGUAUACAUUUCAAUAGAGUCAACCCCGAUGGGGAAGAGGAAGAUGUUACAGUACAUGAAUGACUUUCUCUUGAUUGUUGAAAAAUCAUUACCUGUGGAAUGACUAGGAAUAUUGGAAGCAGCAUAGUGUUGACGUACGCAAAACAAGACAGCUUGGUCAGCUACAA